CAGUUAUUAAAAUAAACAGAAGACGGAUUUCAAAUGGAUUCAAUCAAUAGACUUAAACAUAGAGAUUCAGAUAAAAAUCAGAUACAAAACCUAUAAAGAUACGAAAAACGAAUAAUACAAUUAUCGAUUCUACCAUAAGAAUUAAAUGAAUAGAAUAACGACAGUAGAAUUAUUCGAGCGGUAAGGAACGUAUCCGUUGGAAAACAGAGGAAUUAAGAGGAAAACAGAGAGGAUUAAAAAAUGAAUCGUUUAGUAAGUAAAAUUCGUGCUUAUCGAUUAUUUUCUACUGCAAGUCUUCCCGCACCAGAAACAAAACCACCGAUUUUAUAUACCGGCAUAUUUGUCGACAAUGAGUGGCACAAAUCCAAAUCUGGAAAUACUUUUCCUACAAUAAAUCCUACUACUGGUGAAAUUAUUGCCGAAGUACAAGAAGGUGAUGUAGCAGAUAUUGAUUUUGCUGUACAUGCUGCUAAUAAAGCAUUUAAAUUGGGAUCACCUUGGAGAACUAUGGAUGCUUCUCAAAGAGGACUUCUUUUAAAUAGAUUGGCAGAUUUGGUAGAACGAGAUCAUAAGUAUCUUGCUUCUUUAGAAACAUUGGACAACGGUAAACCUUAUUCAAAUGCAUAUGCUUUCGAUGUCCCGGGAGUAAUUUCGACCUUAAGAUAUUAUGCAGGAUGGGCAGAUAAAAAUCAUGGUAAGGUUAUUCCUAUUGAUGGAAAGUUUUUUGCUUAUACUAAACACGAGCCUGUUGGGGUAUGUGGACAAAUUAUUCCUUGGAAUUUUCCUAUGGUAAUGAUGGCUUGGAAAAUAGCACCAGCAUUAGCUACUGGAAAUGUUGUUGUUUUAAAACCGGCAGAGCAAACCCCAUUAACUGCUUUGUAUAUCGCACAAUUAGUAAAGGAAGCUGGUUUUCCCAAGGGUGUUGUAAAUGUUGUACCAGGUUUUGGUAAAGCUGGAGCUGCAUUAGUUGCGCACAAUAAUGUUGAUAAAGUAGCUUUUACUGGCUCAACAGAAGUAGGAAAAUUGAUACAAGCAGGUGCAGCUAAAAGCAAUUUAAAACGAACAACGUUAGAAUUAGGUGGAAAGUCACCAAACAUCAUUCUCUCUGAUGCUGAUUUCAAACAUGCAGUUGAAACAGCUCAUUUUGGAUUAUUUUUCAAUAUGGGUCAAUGCUGUUGUGCAGGUUCUAGAACAUAUGUAGAUGAAAAAAUUUAUGAUGAAUUUGUAGAAAAAAGUGCUAAACGUGCUCAAAUUAGAACAGUUGGUAAUCCAUUCGAUGAAAAUACUGAACAAGGUCCGCAAAUAAAUGAGGCCCAAAUGAAUAAGAUAAUUUCUAUGAUAAACACUGGAAAAGAGCAAGGUGCUAAAUUAGUCACCGGUGGAAAUCGUGUAGGUGAAAAAGGCUAUUUUGUUGCACCAACUGUAUUUGCGGAUGUCACUGACGAUAUGACUAUUGCCAAGGAAGAAAUCUUUGGACCAGUUCAACAAAUCUUAAAAUUCAAAAAUAUGGAUGAAGUCAUAGAACGUGCUAAUAAUACUGAUUAUGGAUUAGCUGCUGCUGUUUUUACGAAAGAUAUAGAUAAAGCUAAUUAUUUGGUUCAAGGAUUACGUGCUGGCACUGUAUGGGUAAACACUUAUAAUACUAUAAGUGUUCAAGCACCAUUUGGUGGCUAUAAAAUGUCAGGCCAUGGAAGAGAGCUUGGAGAAUAUGGUCUUGAAGCAUAUACAGAAGUUAAAACGGUUAUAGUUAAAAUAGAUAAGAAAAACAGUUAAUUCUUCCUCUAUACUUUAUCGUAUAUAUUAUUACUAUAUAUUAAAUAAUAUUAAGUAUAUUAAUAUAUAUUUUUUUAUUUUAAUAUAUAAUAAAUAAUAAAAUAUUUAAAAGAUAAGCUUCCAUUUAACACGAUUUAGCACAAUAUAAUAUAAAAAAGAUUGUUUGAAUAAAAAUUUGAUAAAACAUC